AUGCAGACCGGAGGUGGUGCCACACCGAACCUGACGCUCGAAGGCGGAUGGACUCCACUGCAUGUGGCCGCACUUCUCAACAAGAAGGAAGUCAUCAAGGUCAUCAUCCGAGGUAAAGCAGAUCCACAACAGCCUUUGGCCGCAGAUGGAAUUACGGCACUCCACAUCGCCAUCGCUGCCAAGCACGAAGACAUCGUGACGCAGCUGCUGAAAGCAUACGCCGACUCCGAAGCCAAGAUGACGGGCGCUGUGACAGCCCUCCACUUGGCGGCGGCCACCGGCCACACUGCCCCUGCCAAGGCACUGCUGUCCUGCCGUGCCUUCGUGGAUGCGAACCGGACGUGCGACCAAGCUACUGCCCUGACAUUGGCCGCUGAACACGGUUUCGCUGAUGUGGCGCAGGUCCUGCUCCAGGCUGGUGCGCAGGCGAACUUCCGCCGUGUGGACGGUGUUGCACCGCUGCACCUGGCCGCAGGCCUCGGCAACGCUGCGCUUUGCAAGGCCCUCCUGCAGGUGAAUCCCAACAGACAGACUACCCUCGCGAAGCAAACUCUUCUAGUUGGC